CCGCGAGGAGGUAUAGAGCUUGAUUUGUCCCGCAUGGCACAUGGGAGUCGCUGGUCUAAUUGCUACGAUCCGUGAGUAUCUAGCUGCUCUACUGUCCCUCGCAUUUGCUAAAUCAAUACGUCUAGCCGUGAAGCAUAUCAACGAGUUCGUUUUUUGCCGAUCUCAGCCGCUAAAAGCUGUCACUGAGACGCCCCGGUGUAUUGUGGGUGAUCAAAUUAGGUUACUCUUCGUUACAGGUGCUUCGUUGUCCUUAUGUAUCUCCUGCCUGCGGUGCUGCGUCUUUUGUAUGAACAUAUUUUCCUUUCUUGUUUGACGUGUCCAUCCUUUAAGAUCUCAAGUAUG